UGUGGGGCGGAACAGGGAUUCAGCUUCCUACGAGGGGCUCUGCCCCAGGCGGAGCGGCUUGUGCUCCAUGCGCUGUCCCCGGCCUAUCAGCAGCUGCCAAUGGCGUCUGCACUUGGAGGCUCGCCUUCUCCUGCAGUCUAGUCCUGCUGCUCCACGGCUUUGCUGCUAUCGGUUACUGUCGUGAGGCCGCUAAGAGCUAAAGUGCGCUUGGCGGCCGCUCCUCGGACAGGCUGCUGGGUGUUGGGCUGCAGCGUUGUGAGGCAGGCCCUGCUACUGUAGGGGGGGUCGUUCGGUGCUGGAGCUUGUUGGUCCCAGGGUCUGUAAUGGCGAGGUCAAGGGUGCCAGGUGCAGGUAGAGGAAGGUGAAACAUUUGGACCUGUCAUCCUCAAAGAGGAAGGGGCAAAAGUUGUCGUAUGGCUGCUCCAGGAAAGGCGGCAGCUUUCCGUCUGCCUCCCCUGCCAACUAUUGGAGAGAUUAUUAAACUCUAUCGCCUUAAAGCACAGAAACAACUUUCCCAGAAUUUUCUACUGGAUUUGCGACUGACAGACAAGAUAGUGAAACACGCUGGCAAUCUGAAAAAUGCCCAUGUUUGUGAAGUGGGCCCCGGGCCAGGAGGGAUUACCAGAUCCAUUCUCAGUGCUGGUGUUGAACAACUCCUUUUAAUUGAAAAAGAUGCCAGAUUUAUUCCAGGAUUACAGUUGUUAUCUGAAGCAGCUCCAGGAAAAGUGCGCAUUGUUCAUGGAGAUAUCCUGACAUACAAGAUGGAGAAGGCUUUUCCAAAGCACUUAAAAAAGAACUGGGAUGAUGAGCCACCAGGUAUACAUAUCAUUGGGAAUCUCCCCUUCAGUGUUUCAACUCCUCUAAUCAUCAAAUGGCUUGAAAAUGUUUCCAAAAAGGAUGGACCUUUUAUUUAUGGCAGGACACAGAUGACAUUGACUUUUCAGAAGGAAGUUGCAGAGAGGCUUACAGCUAAUCCAGGAGGUAAGCAGCGUAGCAGGCUGUCCAUCAUGGCUCAGCAUCUCUGCACUGUUGAAAACUGUUUCGUGAUUCCAGGUGAAGCUUUUGUUCCAAAGCCAGAGGUGGAUGUAGCUGUGGUGCAUUUCACUCCACUGGUGCAACCAAAGAUAGAACAGCCGUUUGAACUCGUAGAAAAAGUGGUUCAAAGUGUUUUUCAGUUUAGAAGAAAAUACUGCUUCCGUGGACUUGAGAUCUUGUUUCCUGAAAGUGGACGUUUGAAAAGAACAGAGCAGCUGAUGAUGACAGCAAAUGUUGAUCCAACUCUGCGUCCUUUUCAGCUCUCCAUGUCACAAUUUAGAAAUCUGUGCAAUACAUACAGGAAAAUGUGUGAUGAAGACCCUAGCCUUUUUGUGUACAAUUAUAGAGAAGAACUAAAGAAAAAGAAGACAAGAAAAUUACUUAAAAGUACUGAAGAGACUGCGGAGGAAAAUGAGCUGUAACAGCUGUAAUUGCAGCAGACUGAUUUUUUUAUUAAUUUUAACUCCUUAAUCUAAAGGUGUUGAUUCACUAAAAGGAGGCUUAUAUAUUCCUACAUCUCUGCAGGGUUGGAAGAAUUACUUUUGAGAAAAUGGUGGAGAGAAAGCUCUUUCCCAUUUUAUUUAUUCGUUCCAUUCAGCUGCAGACAAAAGUGAAAAGACAGUCCAGUUACAAGGUGCCUACAGGUUUUUUUUACUUAAGGGGAAUGGCUAGAACACAUACCAAGAACAAGGUAUGUUGUAAGACAUGUACUUAAGUUAGGAUACUUCUGAAAUAACGGAGUUCUGUAUGAACGAAAGUGCAUUAUUAAAAUGUAAGAAAAAAUACUUUUCAUACUUCAGCAGAUAAACAGUAUUUGGUGUUUUGUGCUCUUUUUAUCAUGGAACAGCCUACUGUGCAUGGUAACAGACAAACAAAAGCCAAAAAUCCUGUAUAAAUAUACUCAAGUGAUGGGCUUACAUGAGGGUAAAGUGCACGGAUUGUCUCAGGGUCUGGUAAUACUCUCCUCAUUUAUGCAAAAGCAAAGAAUUUAAGAUUUAAAGCUCCAACUAGGGAAAAGCAGCAGGAUAAAAAGUAGAGAACAUGGCUAAGUACAAUACUUAUGUCUUUUACUGUACAGGCUGGUAUAGAAAAUAAAAAAUACAGUCAAAUAAAAGA